UCUGAUUCUUAUACAGUCUGCGCGCGUUCGCCGAAGUGAGUGGUUGUGUCGUGCGUCGCGGCUUAUUCCGAAUCUUCGCGAUUUGCCGCCUUUUUAACUGUCAAAAAGUGUAAUUACUAACUCAAGAAAAGUGAUGUACAGUGUUACAAAAAUGGGUACCAUACUCAACGUUUCUUGAUGUUAGUGACUUGUGCUGUUUUUUUGUGUUAUAAAAGUUGUGUGGAGUUUUUUAAACCUCGUGGAUUUUAUUUGUGUGGCUGGAGUUUUAAACUGUUACCCGAACUGAUUGUGCGGGUAGCGCCGGCGCGAUUCCUAGUAUCAUAUUAAUUUGCACACUUUUAUGAGUAAUCAUGAAGCCGACGGUAUCACUGAUCUUCAUCACACUUCACACGUUCCUCACGGGUACGACAUCGUCAGUCGACGACAGGCGGCUGGUGGUUGCCUCAGUUGACCUGGUGGAGCUGGAGUAUCAAGACCACUGCGAGAACCGCGCCUAUGCCACGUGGAAGGAGCUGAUUGGUGACCCUAGAGGAUUGUCUGCGAAGCUGGAGAAAGACAAAGCCUUCGGCAUACUCUCUCGGCAACAGAAGAAAGAUGUCAAAAUGGCGCUAGGGGGGUAUACCAUGGAGCCCAGUGACGAGGUGCUGAGAAGAAAGGUCCAGUUGCUACUACAGCCAGGAGACACCCUGUUGGACACCAAACAGUGGAUUAGACUGGUAACAUUCGCAGAUACAGCCCUUCAUAAGAUAAGAUAUGCAAAUGAUUAUGACUGUGGCACAGGAACUAACUGUACUUUGAGAGAACUUCACAGUAGUAUCGCCAGACAACAAGACGAGGCGACAUUGCUUCGUAUGAAACUAUCCUGGGAGCGAAACCUGCCCAGUCUCAACGAAUAUUUAGAAGAGAUUUUACCACUUCUUAGAAACGCCUCUAAAGAAAACAACUACAACGGGGUAGAAUCGUACUGGGAUUCUCUAGUGGAAUACGAGGGGGCUAUUCUAAAAGCGCGGGAAUUGUGGGACAAUGUCAAACCUUUGUACCAGAAGCUUCACAAGUAUAUCGCGUUGAGACUCAAAGGGACCGAGGCUGUGGGGAACACUCUGCCAGUACAUUUACUGAGAUCUCUAAAUGGAGAUGAUUGGUCCAAUAUAAUUGAAAGUUUACUGCCAAAACAUCCAGCUAUAUACCAGAAAAUCCACGCCAACAUCCAACUAAAGGAUUUAGGAGGCGCAAAAGCAUUUCGAGAAGCUGUAAAGUUGGUCGAUGGUCUUGGGUUUGGAGAAUUAGAUACAGAUAUAUGGACAAAUUCUAUUUUUAACGGGACAUGUCCUACCACCAUAGUUGAUUGGUGUAAACCUAACAAAAUGCUGGUUGUGACUUGCAAAGAUGUAAGCAUUGGCAACUACAUUGACGCACACGAAGCUGCAAUGAGGAUAAAGUAUAGAGAAAUAGCCGCUUUGCAUAGCAACAACACCUAUAUUUUAAGAGAAGCGCCUCGUUAUUCCGCAAUUUACGAAGCUAUACCUGGAUUCGUAUCUCUUCUGUCUCUGAACCCUCAUGCUCUGGAUAGAAGUGGCCUGUUCCCGUUGCAUGUAUUCAACUACAAUCCAAAUCAUCAUCGACUUGUGCUCCAGUUGAUUAUGGCUUUGAGGGAUUUACCAAAAUUAAAUUAUUACUUGGCAGCAGAUGAAUGGAGGUUGAAAGUUUUAAUGGGAACAAUUCCAGUAUCUAAAGCAGUGAGCAGCUGGAGUGAAUUCCGUAAAAACUUCUCGCUAUUAGAAACAUCAGAUGUCGAUUUACUAGGAGAUUCUCACAUACUUUUUAACAGACCAUAUAUUGGAAAAUUUAUGGGUCUCAUUUUGAAGUAUCAAAUCUAUCAAUCGUUCGCUGAAGAACUUAGCUCUGAUGAAUCUGACUUAUUGCAACAUGUAAAUGAAAGUAGCAACCGACUUAGUGAUGUUAUGAUGCAAGGAUAUACCAACGAUUGGACAGAAAUGGUCAGCGAAGUGCUAGCUAAAAGAGAGAAUGGACUUGAAUAUACUGGAUUAACUGAUUAUUACCAACUUUUAGAUGAAUAUUUAGAUAAACAAUUGGAUCCAUCUGAUAAAGAAGAAGAUGAUUAUAAUGAAAUUGUGAAAGAAACUACAGAAAACAAUGCCAUUCCACCGCCUCCAUCAACGAUCAAGCCAACUAUUCACGAAUUAGAUGUAAUUGAACCACCAGAUGAAUCUGAAAAUAUUGUUGAUGUCGAAGAUUCCCACUCAAAAUAUAGUGCCGAAACAUCCACUGUUGGAGUUUUGGAAAUCAAAAAACAACCACCAGUUGACGAUACAAAGAAUACUCAAGAAGCUUCAUAUAAUACUUACUGGUGGAUAGGAAUAGUGGUCGCAAUAAUAAUAAUUGUGAUAUUAAUAGCAAUAAUUGCAAGAAAACGUCACAACCACAGAAAACAACUGGAAAAACAGAGAAGAGAAAACACGCGUGCCUGAUUUGAAGAAUAUCGGUUCUAGGAGCGGAACCGAUAUUAUCUAUUGAGAGAGAACUAUAGUGAAACUGUGCCAAUGCUGUGAGAAACACAGCAAAACAAGUGGAGUUUAGUGUUCAUUCUAGUUUCUUUGUAUACUCCUGAUAAUUAUGUUAGACUGUGCUUUUACUUUGCAUAUUUAUUUAUUACUUUUUACACUGUGGUGCUCAUUACGCGUUUGUUUAUCAUGUAGCUCAUUAAAUAACUAUUUAUAUCCCUUUUUAUAACUUCUUUUGGAACUGUAAGAUACUAGAUAGCGGAGAUUGAAUAAAUAUUUUUGUACAUAUCAGAUUUGCAACAUAGUAUAUAAAGAUUGUUACCGACAGUGUCUAUGAUAGUUGUACAAUGUACUUUAUAGUUAGGAUUAAUAUGCGGUGCCUUAUGCGUUUCAAUUUGUAUUAAGUAAGAUGCAUAAAUUUAUGGGCUUAAAAAUAUAGCAAACAAUCUUUAAGAAUAUUUUUUCCUUUAAUUUUUUAUUAUUCUUACAAAAGAUCAGAGUCUCUUUGUAUCUCAAUUAUUCCGAUUUUUAAGAUAAGGAUGAGGACUUUUUGUAUAGAUCUUGAUAUCUUUUAAGCUUUUUGUAAGUGAAGUUAUAAUUUGUACGUACGUUUGUAACCUUCCACGGAUAAAUGGAUCUUAUGGACAAUUUUAAUAAUUAAGUACAUUAUUAUAAUCUGCUACUCAUAAGCUAUCAGAUCAAAAAUGCAAACACACAACUGUCUAUAAGGUAAUUAUUAUUAUACGUCACAAAGUAAAUUAAUGGCUUCUAUGUUUUAUAUUUUUUUUGUAUGUAAAGCAAUAUUUUUAAGCCCAGUUUGAUGAAAAUCAAAUAAAAGAAUUGUAUAAACAUUUUAAUGUAACUUUACAAAAUCUCUAUUUUCUCUGCUCUGAGUUAUAUUUCAGACCAAUUUAAAAGGCAUUUAGUUCGUCUAACGUUGCUUUGUUAAACAUAGUUAUUAAUUAAUAUUUUUUAAAUAUCACAAUAACCAAAUAUAGGAUUUAUAUAAUUUUGUUGUAUGUUUAUUUCAUAAUGAAAUUUGUUGUUAUUUUAAUGGAUUUUAAGUUUUACUGUCAGUAAAGCAUGUCUUAGUGAUGAUUGUGUCAGAAUCGAGAACAAAAAUAAAUGUUUGAAAUUGU